GACCACCUAAGAUCUGACUCAUCCGACGGAAGCGUCAAGCAAUGCUAUUCGAUUCUGCGAAUCAUAUAGUGGCUGUCAGACACUUGCCGCACCCCACGGCGUGGCGUGAUGUCCGAUGCAGAUUGUUUGAUUUUGUGCUAUACGAGGCGAGGGCACUCAUCCUGGCACAAGCAGCGCGUUAUUACUGUCUGCUUCACGUGUAAGGUCUUGCCUCGAAUGUUAGUUGGAGCUUUUGGCAUCUAUUGAUAACUACAGCCUUAUCUAUCUUUCGCUAUGGGUUUUCUGUUUGGGUGUCAUGCGAUUGACGAGUUUUGGGUUUCCAAGUAGUUAUUUAAGGUUGUAUUCUCUUUUUCCUACGCUUGCGUUGUUGUAGCAGUGAGGAGUCCGUGCUUUGGUUGUCGGAUUUUGUUUGCGUUAGAAAAUAUGGCCAGCAGGCACACACGCCAUAGCUCGGUGGACACGUUAGGAUGGAUUUACACAAAUCGUGUAGAUACACCUCCUGACGAGACGGUUCAACUCGACCAUUCUGUGUCCACACGUUUGUCAAAUUUCGCGCGGGACAUGCUCCCACCCAUCAAGAGGCAGACUUCGAUUCGGUUUAAUCCUGGAGAGUACUUUGGAGGGUGUUUUGGGCCUCACAAAACCAAGGGCUCUGAUCAUGGCUCCCAGCAGCCAAUCCUCAUGGAUUCAGACACUAUGGAUCCUGUGCACACCACAACACGCCGUCCUCCGAGAUCCAGGUCCAGGUCACUCUCCACAUCCUUCCUGGGAAAUUUCAACUUUGCAGCCAUGAAGUUUGGAGAGAAGAAUGAGGAGGAUUCGUCAUGGGAGCUGGAAAUGCGAGUAGCGGAGCUGAAUCACAAAGCGGCAACUGAAGUGGACAGGGUGCAAUCGGGUGGUCGGUGGGUAAUAGACGAAGAUGAUGAUUAUGUGAAACCUCCGGCAUGGAAGCAGGCUAUCAGGAGGUUGAGAGCCGAGGCCAAGCGCCAUGUGCAUCCGGCAACACCGCGAGACCGCUUGACAAACUAUGACGUUGAAAAUUACGAGAAGAAUUUCGAUGACAAUGAAAAAGGAUCGCUGUAUAUGGUGGUUGCUGCUAAUGACGAGUUCGGGGUGAAAGCAAGAGUGCUACACACAAAUCUUCUCGCGCGGUUGCAUUCGCACAGGUUCGAGGACUCGCUUAGCCAAAACCCCCCUGCUAAGCUCUUGAAGUGUACUUCUAUGCCGGUCGCGCCUGUGAAUCUUGUCUCGAAAUCAUCUAGAGAGGACGGUGUAUCCAUCUGGCAGAGGCGACAAGCUGCUCGGCCACUCGUGAAACUUGAACUGACAAGAUCGAUGUGAAUCCGCAACGUACACUCAGGAACUAGCCAAGCUUCAGCUGGACCUGUACAUUGCACAGCUUCAGGGUUCUCUUACUCUCAAGCACACAAUGUUCACAGGAGGUUCUCGGAAGUUGUGGGCGCAGUAAGCAAGCCGACCGCAAUGCGAUUGAUUCCUCGCAUGUCAAUUACUGACCAAGCGAUCAAGACUGCAAUGACACUCCAGCAGUCUGUUCUGAAGGAUAAAACUAGGCUAUCUCUUGCAGUUAGCGACAUGAUCUACUUCGUAGCCUUGGACUACGAGACUAAUGAUUCAAUGGGAGGAAUUUCUUAUUCCUAUUCUUCAUAAUAACCCGUACUAUUCGAAUACCCCUGAUAGAAAGUUUUCGGGACGAUGAAGAAGCAACCCAGCUGUAGGAAUCUUCCAGGGGUGUGUACAUUACAGUAGGAUACAGAAGUAGUAGCGCGACCUUAUACACACAUCCUAUUCGAAUGUGUAAUCUCCACGACUUCUAAUCAGAAGCCACUCUUGGCUCAAUUGCGUAUCA